AUGGACAUAAAGUUAAAAGAUGAAAAAGAAAAAGAUCAAGAAUUCAAUCUCUACUACACUAAACUAGAAAAUCUUCUUGAUUGUUGUUACGGGUUCCCUUAUGGUUGCACUAAGGUGUUUGAUUUCCUAUAUUUAGGUGGGGAGGAUGAGGCAAAGGAUAAAAAUUUAAUCAAGAAAUUAGGAAUAACCCACGUUAUCAACUGUGCAUCCACAUAUGUAUGUACUGGUUCCAAGUACUAUGGUAAUACGUUACAAAAAUAUGUAGAGUUUGAGGCAGAGGAUGAGGAAGACUACAACAUGUUGCAACAUUUCAACGAAGCGUACGAGGCCAUCGAAAGUGCCAAGGACUCCCAGGGCAAAGCCCUAAUUCACUGUGUCAUGGGCAUAAACAGGAGUGGGGUACUGGCAGUGGCUUACACUAUGGUCUACAAGCGUUGGGGGCCAAUAACUGCCGCCAGAUUCGUAAAAGAUGCUCGAAAAAGAGUGCUCUCAAAUGAUGCUUUCAGGUAA